UACAGUUUUCUUUUUACGUUUCAGCACAAUGAAAAUGGUAGAAAACGAAAAGCUGACUCUAAGACGAGAGUUGGGGCUCCCCAGUGCUGUAUCUUUGGUUGCAGGCAUCAUGAUCGGUUCAGGAAUUUUUAUGUCUCCACAGUUUGUACUGGUGUACGUUGGGAGUUCUGGGGCAAGCUUGAUCGUCUGGGCAGUAUGUGGUAUAGUAUGUAUGUGUACUGCUUUGUCAUAUGCUGAGAUGGGCACCAUUAUCAGAGAAUCAGGGGGCGACUAUAUCUAUAUCCUGCGAAUUUAUGGACCUUGUCCUGCAUUUUUUGUGGCCUUUACAACCAUGUUUCUGAUGAAGCCAUUUGGGAUUAUAGCUGGUUCUCUGAGCUUCGCUAAGUAUGCUGUGGCACCAUUUUACCCAGGCUGUACACCACCCAUACUGGUGGUAAAGUGUAUUGCUGCAGCAUGUGUUUUUGUGGUUGCAACUAUCAACAUGCUAAAUGUACGUUUUACUAUGGCUACUCAGGUGGUUUUUAUGGUGGCCAAAUUUGUAAGUCUAAUGAUAAUAGUUAUUGGAGGAAUAGCAUCACUUGUACAGGGAAACUAUGGAAGCCUCUGCAAUCUAGAAAGUGCCUUUGCAGACACUAAGUUUGGGAUUAGUACUGUUGGAAUGGCGCUAUAUCAGUGCCUAUGGUCGUAUUCUGGUUGGUACAACAUAAACAAUGUUACUGAGGAGGUGAAAAGACCAGAGGUGAGAUUAAGUUAAUGUCUUCUGCAAUGUCAUCAUUUUGACUGUAUUGACAUACCAGAUGAAAGUAAUAAAAUCAAGUAAGAUUAUGUCAUUACAUGAUUAAGGUGAUAAAUGCAGAUAUGUCACAUAAAACUGCUAAAUUUUAUGAUUUAUCACUUAAAUAAUCUAAUUUAAGAAGUGAUUUUGUC